ACAUGCCUGACUGGAGACAGUACCCACCAGCACCUACUUUACACCAAGACAGACAGUGCUUACUUGCCAAGAGCUUUGGACAGAGAAGAGUUGCGAUCAAGUAAACAUUUUUUUUUGUCAGUAGUUGAUCAACAAGAAAGAUGACCUCUAUAAUUAUUGCAGAGGAUUUUUUGUGUGCUUCCCGGUAAGAUGUCCAAAUAUUUGAUCUUAAGCUCAUGAAUGCCUUCAAUGUAAAUGGCCUUCAUUAGCUGGGUGAAAUUCAAGACCUGCAAGUGGUUACUUGAGAUCCCGAGAGAUGACUCUCCGCAGGCCAGCUGCCCACCCAAGGGGGGCUAGGGACUGGAGGAGAUCAGGAGACGAGUCCUCCUUGGGGAGCUUCGUGUCACAAGAAGAGACUUUGCCUCGAAGCUCUGACUUCUCCUGUGCGCCUCGGCCACAGAGUGCCAUUGAAGGAGGCCAGCUGGAUAUCUGGCUGGAGUAUCUGAGGACAAUGCCAAGCAAAGUUAGAUCCCCAAUUCAUAAUCCAUCAUUUGACAAUCGGACUGCAUCCGAGGGACAAACACCAGGACGAGCCUGGAGGCAGACGGACUUUUCCUCCAGCACAGCCUCAUCUUCAUGUGGGAGCUCACCCAGCAGUCAGGAGUCCCUCCAAACUAUGUGGUUUCCCUCUCCAGAGCACAGGAGAGCCUGGGAGAAAGCUCAUAUCAUGCAGUCCCCUUCAAAGGAGCAAGCUCAGCUCAGUUGUCUUGCUCCAGUCAAAAUUGGUUGGCUGCCAAUCCAGAGAAGAGCAAUGUUGGUGGGGAACGCUUGCAGCCAAAAACAACACUUGAACACAUCGUCUGGCCAAGUGAAACUGAAACAGCCCAUCACUCCAGCAGUUCAGAAGAAUGAUGACACAGAUUGUUAUAAAGCAGAGGCGGAGAGAAGUCUCACCAGUCCCAGUGCACCAGGUGUGAAGACGCAGAGGACACUGGAUCAAGACUCAGCUGUUAAGGGGCCUGACAAACUGAACUCUGCUGCUAAGGAGCUAAAACGAUCUGUUGGCUGGCACGCUCUGAGGACAGGCUGGAAGCCCAAAAGGACAUCAGGUCCCCCUGGAAGCAAUAACUCCAAUGAGCUCGGAAAACAGACUGACUUAGAACCCAACGAGAAGCCAUAUCUGUUGACAACAACAAGCACAGUGCAUGUGAAGCAUCUCACAGCUUCUGCUGAUCCAUCUGGUGACCGUAGUUUGCUACGAGGGGCAAAUACUACAAACAUACAGAAGCCCCACACUCCUUUACAAAGAACAAGCAGCGUUCAGCCUUUAAAGGCCACUGUCUUUUAUGGGACAAACACCUUGGAAUCUUCGCAUGUACAGACGAGUUCAACUGCGACAACUCUCAUCCCUCAAAACAAAGCUGGCUUCUCUUCUAUCACCAUCUCCUCCAGAAAAGUGAGCAGAUCGGCCAGUUUUCCUGGUUCUCGAACCAACAAGUCUCCUUCUCCUCCCCCAGCAGACCUCCAGCCCAUGGACCCAAACUCCAGGCAAGUAAGAGUGCAAAGAAAAGCUACUAUAGUCAAAGUGACAGAGCAGAGAGUGAUAUCAAGCUCUGCCUCAAGCACAAGUCGACUGGGAACUCCUCCGUCUGGCAAUGAUUUGGACACAGUGGUUCACAGAAGAAAGGCCGCAAUCAUCAAAGUGACAGAGCAAAAGGAGAGUUACAGUCCAGGAAAGAUAACGCACAGGAAUCCCGAGUACAGACAUAGCUACACUGAAGGAUUGUAUAAGAAUAACAGCACACUGAGUCAAGAAAACCAAUUAGAAAACACAACAUUUCCUGCUUAUCAUCUGAAUUCUUCACCAGGCACAGCUACAGAUCCAAACACAUUCUCUUCUAAUAUAAAGAAAAACACCCUACACAGAUCUACACUGAAUCUUUUUCUAAGAGACCCCCCUGCCAUUGCAUCCCCUCCCUUAGAGCCCCCUCCAAGGGCUGAUGGCCAGAGAUUCAAGAGGCCGCAAAGACCGCUGAGCUGCUAUGGCAGUUUGUCUGGAGACUCCAAGCAGAGCAAGGAGAGUGUUGCACCACUGUCCAACUGGAAACUGGAAAGCUCCGGGCUUCCACGGGAUACCCCUAUCAACUACUUGGACUUCAACCGCCUUUUCAUCAGCUCUGGAAAAACAGCAAAGGAAGCAGGUCAGCCCAUGGCAACUGACAGGCUCACACCAAACAGAGACGAGAAAGAAAGACUGCCACUGUCAGUGGAUGGAACUCGGAGAGCCUCCCCAAGUCUCACUCUCAUCAAGGCUCCGGAUCCUGACUCCCAUCAGUCUCAAGAGGAAGUGCUCGCCCUCAACGCGGCUGCCAUUAUAGCGAACAUCAAACUCCAGAGGCAGCUUAGUAAGAAGGAGAAAACACCAAGUGGCGAAUCAGAGAGGGACUCCACAGCUUCUCCCCAGGGAAAUGCUGAAGUGACAGAUGAGAGAAAAGAUAUAAAUUCCAAGAAAAGUGAAGCCCAGCAUCAUAAGCAGCCUUACACUGAAUUUAUUCCUCUGAUUGUGGACCAUGAACGUUCAUCUAAGGCUACCUCUCUUCAGCGAGCACUGGAAAGGUCCAGACCAGAAUUCAUCAGCCGCUCCCAGGAAAGAGUGCGAGUACUGGACCACAAGGUGCAGGAGAGGAGGAGGCGGUUGGCGGCGGGAAAGCUGGAGAGGAGAGGGGAUCAGCUCAGACAGCUUAGGGCCCACAGCAGCACGGGGUCUACUUCUGUGAAUGGUAACCUUAUCAGACCCACAAACUGAGGUAUUUCCCAGAGAGACGUGCAGACCAGAUCCAAGAGGCGACUUACAGCUCCGUCUGUUCCCCGUCAGGCUGACUGAUGCCUUCCCGGUCUACAGACACGUCCUUAUCUUUAAAGCUGCUUUAUAUCCAUGUGAAGAUGUGUUCACUUAUAUCAGUGAGAUCUCCUUGUACAGCAUCCUACUCUGGUUCAUCUGUCAAAAACCCUUCCUCUGGUUAAACAGUUUUGUUCUUUCUUGGUUCUUUGACUCAUUAGUUAUCCUACCGGACAAGUUUGUGAGUAAGUUAAAGAAAAGUGAACGGACAUGUUCAACCAUCUGGACAAACUAAUCUUGUUUUUAGUUGGUAUACAAAUUUCUGCUGAAUUGAAACAUACUUUUCAUUACAGUUUUUUUCAUUAUUGAAGAUACUGGGGGGGGGCAAGAUUUGGUGAUGGCCACCGUGUUAAAUUUGUUGGCCCUCAAACUAUCAGGCAAUCUUGUGGCAAUGUAUGUUAUGUUUGCAUUAAAUUUGAGUUUCUGAAUAGA